AUGCAAUUCUCCACUGUCGCUUUAAUCGCUGUUGCCGCUGCUUCUGUCAACGCUGGUGUUGUCACUGAAGUUGACACCCAAUCUACCUUAGUCACCAUCACUAGCUGUGAAUCUACCGUCACUGACUGUCCAGCUCGUGAAACUACUGCUCCAGUUUCUUCUGCUCCAGUUAACUCCACCUCUGCUGCUAACACUACUGCUGCUGGUGUCUCUACUUACGAAGGUGCUGCUGCUGCCAACGGUCAAUACGCUGCUGGUUUCGCUGCUUUAGCUGCCGGUGCUUUAUUAGCUUUAUAA